UCGCUCUAUCCUCAUCCUGGAUGGGUUGAAUUGGAUCCCGAAGUGCUCUGGAGUCAGUUUAUUGAAGCAGUAAAAGAGGCUGUUCAAGUUGCAGGAGUUCACAUGAGGCAAAUUGCUGGUCUUGGCAUCUCAACACAGAGGUCAACUUUCAUUACGUGGCACAGGAGGACAGGGAAACCUUUUCAUAAUUUUAUAAGCUGGCAAGACUUGAGAUGUGCUGAACUUGUGAAUUCCUGGAAUAGAUCCCUUCUGCUGAAGGUAAUCCAUGUUAUUUUUACAGUGCUUCAUUUCUUCACAAGGAAUGAUCGAUACUUGGCUCCAAGUUCUUUUACUUUUUCAACAAAACAAGCUUCUUUGAAGUUGUCGUGGGUUUUCAAAAACCUACAUGAGGCUGAAGAAGCUGCCAAAGAAAAUAACUGCUGCUUUGGGACGAUUGACACGUGGUUACUAUACAGGCUGACUAAAGGUUCCGUGUAUGCUACAGAUUACUCAAAUGCCAGUUCCACAGGGGUUUUCGAACCUUUUACGAAAUGCUGGAACCCCACUUUGUCUAGUUUACUCUCCAUACCAAUGUCUAUUUAUCCUCCAGUGAGAGACACAAGCUUCAACUUUGGGUCAUCUGACUCUGAAAUAUUUGGGGUACCUAUUCCAAUACUGGCAUUGGUAGCUGAUCAGCAGGCAGCCAUGUUUGGAGAAUGCUGCUUUCACCCUGGAGAUGUUAAACUGACUAUGGGAACAGGUGCUUUCUGGAAUGUCAAUACUGGGGAAAGUCUCUUUUCAUCAUGGAGAGGCCUCUAUCCACUGAUUGGUUGGAAGAUUGGGGAUGAAGUUGUUUAUUUAACUGAAGGCUCUUUUUCAAAUGUUGGCACUGCCAUAAAAUGGGCACAGGAAAUAAAUCUUUUCACUGAUGUACAUGAAACGGCAAAAAUGGCACGGAGCAUUGCUGAUUCUGAAGGCGUUUGUUUUCUUCCAGGUUUUCAGGUUUCAGUGCAUGACCCAUAUUCAUGCGCCUCUUUCAUGGGGCUGAAACCUUCCACUACCAGAAACCAUCUUGUGCGCGCUAUGUUGGAGUCUGUAGCUUUCAGAAACAAACAACUUUAUGAUCUCAUUGUGAAAAGGAUAAACAUUCCUCUUCGAACUAUUCGAGCUGAUGGAGGUGUCAGUAAUAAUAGCUUUAUCCUGCAGAUGACUUCUGAUUUGAUUAAUAAGAAAAUAGAAAAGCCUGUAAAUGCAGAUAUGUCUAGCCUUGGAGCAGCAUUUCUGGCAGGUCUUGCAUCAGGAUUGUGGGCUGACAAAGAACAACUAAAGAAGCUGAGGCAAGUAGAAGCAGUUUUUGAGCCUCAGAAGGACUCAGAAGAAUACAAACUGGCUAUGGAUACGUGGACACAAGCGAUGCAACAUGCACUGCAACACUGGUAGAGAUAGGUAUUUUAAUGAUGGAAAAAUUCAGGUGUUCAAAUCAAUCUUCAUUAAACCUUGAAAUCAGCAGUCCAAUUAAAAAAAUGAAAUUUGCAAUGGCAUGUAUACAUAAAGUUAUACGGUACUUGAGUAACCCCCCUACUGCUAGAUUACUUGCUACUCUGUAAUGAACCCCCCUAUGGUCCUUAUGACAGCUGUGGUCCAGCUGCAGCAUUUGUGUCCCUUCAGUGACCUCCUUGGGGUGGCCCAGCUGCUUGAAUCUUAUAACCAUGUUCUAGAGGUGGGAAGGUUUUUCCCAUGAUGGGUUUUCUACUGAGGAACUUGCCUUCCUUCUGAUCUUUAAAAGCUUUGAUAUGUUAAUCAUUGAGGAAUGUCAAAAGCACAUAUACUUUUC